AUGGCGUCCGUAUCGCCACCCAAGCCCUGGGAGAGGGCUGCCGCUGGGGCAGCUGCUGCCUCGUCAAUUGUGUCUCCCCCGGGUGCGUCACCGAGCGCUGCUCCAGUAACGUCUACGCCAACUGCCACCACUACCUCGGCAUCAACUACCCCCGACCUCCCAUCACGACCCAACGGUUUGAAUGCCGUCGUCAAUAGGACGGCGACGAAUUACUCUGCCUACGGCGCGAAUCGGCUUGGAACAAGUCCUUAUAGUACAUAUGGUGGGUACGGGGGCUAUUCUUCGCCGUAUUCGCGGCUGGGCGGCGGGAUGUAUGGGGGUUAUGGCGGGUAUGGAGGGAUGUAUGGUGGCAUGGGCGGUAUGGGUGGCAUGGGCGGCAUGUAUCCUGGCAUGCCAGGUGAUCCGAACGAUCCAAAUAGCUUGACGAACUCGUUUAGUCAAGGAACUGCCGCCACAUUUCAGAUGAUUGAGAGCAUUGUCGGUGCUUUUGGAGGCUUUGCACAGAUGCUUGAGAGUACAUAUAUGGCGACACAUAGCUCUUUUUUUGCCAUGGUCUCCGUUGCGGAGCAAUUCGGCAACUUACGAAAUACACUGGGCUCGGUUUUGGGCAUCUACACAUUAAUUCGAUGGUUCAAGACAUUAAUUGCAAAACUCACUGGCCGCCCACUUCCAGCUGAUGCCACUUCAUUGACCCCGUCGGCCUUUUCGGCUUUCUUGCAUGGCCGCUCUGCACCAGCGACGCUUCCUGAUGGCAGCCCGGCUCCUCCUCGCCCGUCCAAAAAACCAUUCAUCAUGUUCAUCCUCGCCGUAUUUGGCCUGCCCUAUUUGAUGAGCAAAUUAAUACGUACUCUAGCUCGAUCUCAAGAAGAGGAAGCCCGUCGACACCAACAGUUAGUUGGCCCUAAUGGGGAGCUUCAGGCCGCUCUUGAUCCAUCCAAGCUGGAUUUCUGCCGCGUCCUUUAUGACUAUACUCCCGAUGCUCAGACCACAGCCGGGGUCGACCUUGCUGUGAAGAAGGGCGAUAUCGUCGCAGUCCUCGGUAAAUCAGACCCUAUGGGCAACCCGUCCGAAUGGUGGCGAUGCCGUGCUCGUGAUGGCGGUGUUGGCUAUCUCCCUAGCCCGUACCUAGAAACCAUUCAACGACGACCAGCACAGGCUGCUAUCACCGCUGGACCAAGCACAAGCAGCGCGCCUGGCAGCCGGACAGCCACGAUGACCAAGCUAGACGACGGCCAGCGUUCGCAAAGCAUGUCAUCUGUCAGCAAGCCGGCUCUGAGUGGGAAGAUGGGGGAUAUCACGCCUCAAAGUUUCCAGAAAAGCGCAUUUCAAUCAUGA